AUGGUUUUGUCACGCGUCACGUGCGACUUCACGAAGAGAAGAUCCAUUGCAGUCUCUGUGACAGUGCGGUGUCUCCGUGUUUUUUUUACCAAACACCAGUGUCUCCACAAUGCCCAUUUUUGUGGCGUCUGUCGGAAGGAGUUUUCAACAAGCAGUCGCCUAAAUGAACACAUGAACGUCCACUUGGGAGCAACACCUUUUGCGUGCACCAUUUGCGACAGGAAGUUCUCUAAAAGGUCUUCGCUGACACAGCACUACCGCUACCACAGGGUCCACCGUAGUUUCCAUUGCGAAAACUGCUCUAAGAAGUUUAACAGCAAGUACGCAUGCGCGGUUCACGAGAGACUCCACACGGGAGAUAACCCAUUUCGGUGCUCGGUUGCUGGAUGCGGAAAGAGGCAUUCCCAAAAGAUCCAACUGAAACUUCAUUUGUGCUCCCAUAGAUAG